AUGAUUCAGUUCGACUUUGACGCCGUCGUCAUCGGCGCUGGCUUUGCGGGCUUGUACGCCCUACGCAAGCUGCGCGACGAGGCGGGCCUGCACGUGCGUCUUUUCGAGAAGGGUUCCGGUGUCGGCGGCACCUGGUUCUGGAACCGGUAUCCGGGAGCGAUGAGCGAUACUGAAGCCCCCUUCUACCGGUACAGCUUUGACGCCGACCUGCUCGCGAGCGACACUUGGACGCGGCGCUAUAUUCCCCAGCCCGAGAUACUGGCAUAUCUCGAGCGCGUCGCUGGCCAUUUCGACCUGAUGCGAGACAUCCAGCUCAACACGGAGGUGCAGGCGCUGCAUUGGGAUGAGGGAGCCGGGGGCUGGCACGUCAUCACCGACCACGGCCGAUACACUGCGCGCUACGUCGUCACGGCCCUUGGCCUGCUGAGCGCUGUCAAUUGGCCCAACAUCCCCGGUCUCGCCGACUUCAAGGGCAUAUUGGCGCACACGGCCCAAUGGCCCGAGGGUCUCGCGCUCGACGGCCUCCGCGUUGGCGUCAUCGGCACGGGCUCGACAGGGUGCCAGGUCGUCUGCGCAACGAGCAGGGUUGCACGCCACCUGAUCGUCUUCCAGCGCAGCCCGCAGUACAGCGUGCCCGCCGGGAAUGGGCCCGUCACACCGGACGAAGUAGCAAGUUACCGCCAGCGCUGGCCCGAAGUGUGGGCACAGGUCCGCUCGUCGGCCGUUGGGUUCGGGUUCGACGAGAGCACCGUGUCCGCGCACAGUGUUAGUGACGCCGAGCGCGAGGCCGCUUUCGAAGCCGCGUGGGCACAGGGCAACGGGUUCCGAUUCGUAUUCGGUGCCUUCUGCGACGUCUCUACAGACCGCGGCGUGAACGAGCUCGCCGCAGCGUUCAUCCGGCGCAAGAUUUCGUCCAUCGUGCGCGACCCCGAAACUGCGCGGCGUCUCACGCCAACGGGCCUGUUUGCCAAGCGCCCCCUCUGCACGGACGGCUACUUUAACGCCUUUAACCAGCCAAACGUGUCGCUCGUUGACCUGCGAGAGACGCCGAUCGCGCAUGUUAGUGAGCGCGGAAUCGUCACUGAAGACGAGAUGGAGCACGAGCUCGACGUGCUCGUGCUCGCUACGGGCUUCGACGCCGUCGACGGCAACUACCGCCGCAUGGAUAUCCGGGGGCGCAGCGGCACGCUCGACGCGCACUGGGAUACGCCCAGCAGCUUCCUCGGCAUUGGCACGGCCGGGUUCCCAAACAUGCUCAUGGUCAGUGGGCCGCAGGGACCGUUUGCAAACCUGGUGCCCGCGAUCGAGGUGCAGGUCGAGUUCAUCGCGGAUCUGAUUGCCGAUGCGGAACAGCGCCGUCGCGGUGGCGGUGACGCUGUCAUCGACGUCAAGCCAGCGGCCGAGGAGCGCUGGACACAGCAAUGCCACGACCUCGCCAGGGGGACACUGUACGCCGAGACUGACAGCUGGAUCUUCGGCGCCAACAUUCCGGGCAAGAAGCACAAUAUCCUCUUCUACCUCGGUGGACUGGGAAAGUAUGGCGAGCAUCUCUGGGAGGAGGAGGAGGGCGGCUUCCAAGGAUUCCGCCACACCGCCCCCAAAUCUCUCGACGGCGUCAUCACAAGGGUGGAGGAGGUGGAGAUGCAGCCGGUACAGGCAUAA